GAGACUGAUGCUACAUUAUCUGAAAAUAACUUUGAAUGCGACAUGCUUGAAGGAGGAAAUGAAACAAAUAAAGCAAACAUAGCUGAAAAUAAAGUUUUAUCAAUAGAUGUAAAGCAAGAUUCAGAAAAUCUGAAGAAAGACUCAACGCCAGAAUUUCCAGCGACUGCGACUUCUAGUACAGUACCAAAUCCUCCUUUUGCAAAUUCAUUCCUUUCCAAUGCUUUUGAAGGUCUAACAUUGCCAGAUAAUAAAUAUGCAAAAACUGUACAAACAGUCAACCCAGUUUCACGUACAUGCCAAAAAUGCAUCAAUGAAUGGAAUAACCUUGAACUUGCAAUUCCCAAAUCAUCAAUCUUAACACCAACUACUUUUAAUCUAUCUAAUACACAAUAUGCAUUUGGUAACAGAAGUACGAGUCAAUUUCUUACUUCUCCAACAUCAGAAAGUAAAGAGUCAGUGUGUGAUAACGCAGAGAGUAGAUCUACGGCUUUGUGUUGGAAUCCAAUAAGAACAUUAUCAAGUCCAACAUUCAAAUUACCUACUGCAUCACAAACUUUGCAUAAUCCUGCAACAUCCGCAUUAUCAUUUUUGACACCAACAACUUUUAAUUUAUCUAAUACACAAUAUGCAUUUGGUAACAGAAGUACGAGUCAAUUUCUUACUUCUCCAACAUCAGAAAGUAAAAGGUCAUUGUGCGAUAACGCAGGGAGUACUUUCUGUCCGCCUUUCUGUUGGAAUCCAAUAAGAACAACAUUAUCAAGUCCAACAUUCCAAGUACCUGCUGCAUUACAAACUUUGUAUAAUCCUACAACACCCAGAUCAUCAAUUUUGGCACCAACUACUUUUAAUCUAUCUAAUACACAAUAUGAAUUUGGUAACAGAAGUACGAGUCAAUUUCUUACUUCUCCAACAUCAGAAAGUAAAGAGUCAGUGUCUGAUAACGCAGAGAGUAGAUCUACGGCUUUGUAUUGGAAUCCAAUAAGAACAACAUUAUCAAGUUCAACAUUCCAAGUACCUACUGCAUUACAAACUUUGCAUAAUCCUACAACACCCAGAUCAUCAAUUUUGGCACCAACUACUUUUAAUUUAUCUAAUGAACAAUGUGAAUUGUGUCGCGAAAUUUCAUGUAAACCUUCCACUUCUGCAGUACCAGAAAAUAAACUUACAGUUUACGAUCCAACAAUAAGAAACCAACAAGAAACAACAUGCAAUACAACACUCGGGAUGCCAACUGCAGUAUCAACUUCAUUUGUCACAUUACCAGCGACACCAAUGGUAUCUGGUGGUACUACUUCUACAAUGCCUACCAGCGAGUCAAGGCGUCUUGUACAUGUACAUCAAACAUAUUUACUUAACGACAAUCCUACUGAACCAGUUGUAAUACCUCCAUUCAAUUUUCCUGCGAAUGUCAUACCUGAUGUAUCGACUCAGAAUCGAGCAUCAAUUGGUUACUCCGAUAAUAGAUUUAACGCAUCUAAUCCGGCACUUCCGCAAUGUACAACUGCAAGUUCAUUUUCUACAUCGCAACCUGUUACAUAUAGUCAACAAUUGUCUACUUCAUCAUCAAUGCCUUUAAUAAGCGCGUUUAAUUUUGCUUCGCCAUCGAGAGAUUGCACAGCUGACCGUGCUUCAAUCCAAUCUAGAGGAUUUAAUUUUGAUCCUCCUAAUACUGAACCAUCGUUCUAUUUUAAUGUUCAUAAAUUCAAUGCGCCUAUUCAAGCACGUCAAGAUACUGCGUCUACUCAAGUACGACGAAAGUGCAAGAAACGUUCUAGAAGAUCAAAAUAGCGGUCAAGUAACAGCGUUCUUUUUAUACAGUUGCUCAUAAAAGUAUUCAUAUUCUUGUAAAAGACACCGUUUAUGAAUAUACUAUAUGUCUAGUAAGAAACAUUUUGAAAUGUCAUUAGUAUUGUAACAAAAUCCGAUUGUCAUAGUUAUAUCGGUAAAUUUUUUAGCAAAUCUGAAAAUAGAUAUUACAAAACACCUAACACAUGUAGAUAUUUUGUACAAAUCAUGAAAGUAUUUAAACAGUCCAUUUUCCAUAUGUAUAAAAUAAGCCUAAAUAUUUACUGGGAUCACUUUUGGACUUAGUGUAGGCAUACCUGAGGAGAUUAUUAAUGCUGUGUGCUAAUCUUUAUUAAAUAUAUGUUUGUAAAUAAGUUUUAUGUAUAUUUUCAGAUUGGUUUUAGGCUUUUCUAUCAUAACAAUAGUAGUUGUAAAAUACUUUUAUGAGUCAUUGUAUCUAUUUCAUACAACCGCGUGCAUCAAAAUGUUUUAAAUAUAUUUGGUGUUCGGAAA